AUGAGCGAAAGACCAUCUAAAAACCUCGAGCCUCCUUCGAGGUCAAACGCCGGCACAAUCGACCAAAAUUUUUCGACGACGCCUGGCGUUCCGUCAAAUUCUGGAAACGCGUCCAGUCUUUCAACAUCCGGACAGCUCAUUUCGGCGGCUUCUGAACAGCUUCAUCCAAAUCAAUUUCAAGAGUUUUCGAGUCGCCCACAACCAAUGCAUUCAGGACAGCCGAACCAACAACAAGUAUUUGUUACUACCGAACAGAUGAAUGUUCAGCAGCGCCCACAGACUGUUCAAACAAUCCAGCUGAUGAAUAAUGCCCAGCAUCAUCAAAAUAUUCAACAGCCCCAACAAGUGCAGCUCGUUCGAUACACACAGCCCCAUCAAUUCAUCCAGCAACAACAGCAGCAUUUUGUACAACAACAGCAGAAUCAGCAAUAUAUCCAAAAUCCUGCACCGCAGCAAUAUAUCCAACAACGGCAUCCACAACAGUUUCAGCAAGUUGUACAAACUCAAGAGCCGACUCGCUACGUUUUACAUCUGCAGAAUGAAGGACCUUCACCAAUUAUUGGAAAUCUUCGCCUAGUUGGAACAGCGACAACAAGUCGCGCUGCAAUCAACACAACCCAAUUAAUUCAACAAAACACAUAUCGCCUUCAACCACAGCCGCACACUGUUCAUUAUUCCAGAGGACCAGUUCAGUAUUCUUUGGUUCCCGCUGGACAUGGGCCACAAGAAACUCACAUUGUUGCUCAACAACCAAAUGUGGCCGAGUUUCGCGUCGAACCACAGCAACCGCAGCCACAAGCCGUCAGUUUUCAGAAUCCUUCUUCAGCCGAGAAUGGCACUCCGCCCCUGGUCCCAGUAUAUCGCAACACUCCUUUGACUCCACCACGUGCUAAAAACGCAAUUCCCGCUCCUCGUCUAGAUCCGCCGAUAGAUGAGGCUGCAAAAAUAACCAAAAUUGGUCUCGAUGGGCAACCUAAAGAAUACAUUCCUCCUCCUGCGCAAAAAGCUCCGGAAAAACCAAAUACGGCAGCCGAUGAUGAAGAUGGCUUUGCCGAUUUUUUGAAUGAAGCAAUAUCUCAAGAAGCGCGUCCUGUUAAAUAUCACGAAAUAAAUGGAAAAAUCAUCGUAGAGUACAACAAAAUGCCUUCAUUUAUGGAACGUUAUGGCGAUAAGCUUAAAAAUAUUAAUAACUUCCUCGGACUUCCGGAUGAAGCGAUCGAUGGACUGAUAGAUUCGUUGGAAGAAGUUGACGACGAGGAGGAGGAGGAGAAAGUUGUGAUAGAAGAAGUGGUCACAGAGGAUUCGAUGGACGAUGACGAUGUGAAGAUUCUAGAAGAAGUUAAAACAGAGAAUUUGGAGAAGAAGAUUAGCACUCCGUCGAAUUCCGCCACUUCUUCUGUGGCUAAGCAAACUUUGGCAAACGAGAAAACAAGACCGAAGCGUACCAGAGCUGUUACAACGCGUUCAAAGACGGCACAACUGGAAGCGACACCACCGCAACCACCACCCGUCUCGAGCGGUUCAGUCACUCAGGCCUCGAAAGAAAAGCGUCGAGUUUCGAGAAAAACUAAAAAAACUAAAGAGAAGCACAUCAAAGAUGAAGAAGAUUUUUACGCGGAUAGUGAUUCUUCGAUUGAAGUGAUACCACCAAAGCCAACCACUCGGGCAAAUAAGCGUGUUUGUAGUAAAAUUUCAAAAUCUGGACGAAAGGGUCGCUCGAAUAGUGUCGAAUCAACUCCUCCAUCAAAAAAAGAAAAAGCUGUCUCCAAGGCAAAAAAUCCGAUUCGCUACAGAUUCAGAAAGUCGAGCCCUGCUUAUAGAGAAAAGAGCUACGAUACUAGCGAACUUUCCGAUUUUGAGGACGACUUAUCUGAGCACAUGGAUAUUAAACCGUUCGAGACAUCAAAAGCGUCGUCAUCGUCUCGCACAUCAAAUAAUAAAAGAUGCGAUAUUGAUGUGAAAAUCGAACCGUCGGAGCCAGAAGCAACUUCCAAGAAAGCAGCUGCUUCACAAGCUAUUGCUGAAGAAUUCUUUUCCACAAGACGAGUUACCCGGCGUUCGGCUGCUGCAGCGCAAUUGGCUUUGAAGGAGGAAGACCAAAAAAUGCUAAAAGUCGAAGAAAUAACACAUGAGUCCGCGCAAAGUACUCCGACUAAUUCAACCAAAGUUGCCACCCGAAGGUCUGCUCGAAUGCUCUCUACUCGAUCGAGUUCGACUCAAUCAAAUUCGAGCACAAGAACUUCGCGACAAAAUUUAUCUCCUCAUAUAUUUGCUGUCCCGCAAGAAAAUGACGAGAAGCACGUCUUGUCGGAAGACAGCACUACGGAAUCAUCGCGAGCUGAUUCACCAACGGAGUCGGCUCAUAAAUCAUCCUCUCAUGGCCAAGAGGGAGUAUCUCACAAAAGUGCAAAAAAAUCAUCCGCCGGUAAAGAAGGCUUAAAAACUUCAUCUAUUAAAGCUGCACGCUCUCCAACUGGAAAAUACGCUCCAAAGUCUAUCCUCAUAAAAGAUUCUUCACAAGUUUCGAAACCAAAAGUUUCUGUAUCAGAUGGCUCACCGGAAUUAUCUUCACAUAUUCCGACAUCUUCAUGUGCGACAUCGACUGAAUCUACACUACCAAAUACUGUCUGUACCAGGUCAAGGAAGUUGUCCUCGGCUAAAACGUUUCUCCCAACUUCUACACCUAAAUCUGAAUGUAAGGAAGAUAUCUCAAAAGCGCCUUCGAACACUCUGGCCAAGGAUGAUACACCAGUUGUAAAAACGAAAGCCGUUUCAGAUGUCGGUGAGCAGAAAACUUGGAAGGGUCCUGGACUACCCACAGUGCAGGAUCCAUCUCUUACACAUAAGGAUUAUCCUCAUGUAUUGGCGCAUGUUCGCAUUCCUCGAGAUGGAAUUAAAGACAUCGACGAUGAACAAGGACGUCUCGUAGCUCGCAUUACAUACCCGCCAAAUCCGCCCGGUGUACGAGGACCCCUGCGAGCCGUCGUGGAAGAAUUUUAUGACCCUUGUGAUGAUUCACAACCUUCGGCACUUGAUGACGCGCUGAAAGCUUCAUUGCCAGGAAAACAAGUCAAUGUUGCACACGCAGAAUCUGAUCAGCGAGGAAUAAAAGAAGAAAAAAGCCCCACAAUCAAAGUGGAAGAGAAGCCGAAUAUUUAUCAAAAGUAUGAAAUGUCGCCAAGCACCACUAUUCGACAACAGGGUUCGCCAUAUACCCUUCACCAGAAAUACGAAAUGCUUGACAAGAAGCCAUCAGCAAAAGAACUCGUAGCCGAAACUGCUUCGAAUGGUGUUGAACUCCGUCGUAGGAAACUCCGUAGAGUCUUGGAAGAUAUUUGCACUAAAGUUGGAUGCACACCUGAGAAUCUUCCUGGCGGAGUCCCCAACAAGCGCAUUUCGCAUUUUACGCUGCAAGAUUCUCAGGACUGGGUUUACUCUAUCACCAAUAGCGACGCGGCUCGUCAAAGAGUUAUCAGUGAAGAAAUUGACGGCGACACGUUGAUGCUUGUCAGUCCUCGCGAGCUGAGUGAUUGUCUUCAGCUUCGUUUCGGACCCGGAAAGAAGAUUCAAAUGGCACUUUCUGUGCUCAGAGAAUACGAUGAGAUUCUCGCUAAACUGUAA